AGCAUGAAAAGGCAGUGAACCACAGAAAUGAACAACUAAUAAACACUGGAAGAAUGUGUGACCAAACAUAUACAACUUUAAUUCUAACGCGAAAAGUGUCACUGGUUCUCUCUCCAUGGACGGCAGGGGGAGAAGGAAGAGCCUUGGACUCACUGUCUGUGCAUGUGUGUAAUUAUGCACCUGGAUCAAAGGGGCACGUAUGAUUAUGUACAACACUCAUGAGGCAAGUGAGAUAGUCUCUGAGGGCACACAA